CAGCGAUUGGCUGCGGCGGCGGAGGGAAGAGGCGGGGCGGCCGGGCGGGGUUCGGGCGGAGCGGAACGGCCGCGGUGGCGUCGGCGGUCCGCAGGAUUCUUUGGGCGCGUGGUGCGGAGGGAUACGUCGGUCGGACGGUGGGCCGGCCCGGCAUCAUGGCCUCGGAGCUGGAGAGCCUCAACCCCGGGCAGCGCAUCAUGACCUUCCGCCCCACCAUGGAGGAGUUCCGCGACUUCAGCCGCUACAUCGCCUACGUGGAGUCGCAGGGCGCGCACCGCGCCGGCCUGGCCAAGAUCGUGCCGCCGAAGGAGUGGAAGCCGCGGCAGUGCUACGAUGACAUCGACGAGCUCGUCAUCCCCGCGCCCAUCCAGCAGGUGGUGACGGGGCAGUCCGGGCUCUUCACGCAGUACAACAUCCAGAAGAAGGCCAUGACGGUCCGCGAGUUCCGCAGGAUCGCCAACAGUGACAAGUACUGCACACCCCGGUACACGGACUUUGAAGACCUUGAACGAAAGUACUGGAAGAACCUUACAUUCAAUGCCCCCAUCUACGGGGCUGAUGUUAAUGGCACGCUCUACGACAAGCAUGUAGAUGCGUGGAAUAUUGGCAGAUUGAACACAAUCCUGGAUAUUGUGGAGAAUGAAAGUGGCAUCACCAUCGAAGGAGUGAAUACUCCUUACCUGUAUUUUGGCAUGUGGAAAACUUCCUUUGCUUGGCACACCGAGGACAUGGAUCUCUACAGUAUUAAUUACUUGCAUUUUGGGGAACCCAAGUCAUGGUACUCCAUCCCUCCAGAGCAUGGGAAGAGGCUGGAGAGACUUGCAAAAGGUUUUUUCCCAGGAAGUGCCCAAAGCUGUGAAGCAUUUCUCCGUCACAAGAUGACUCUCAUCUCCCCAUCAAUUCUGAAGAAAUAUGGAAUUCCAUUUGAUAAGGUGACACAGGAGGCUGGAGAGUUCAUGAUAACCUUUCCUUAUAGCUAUCAUGCUGGCUUUAACCACGGCUUCAACUGUGCUGAAUCUACCAACUUUGCUACUCUUCGCUGGAUUGAGUACGGGAAGCAGUCGGUGCUGUGCUCAUGUCGGAAGGACAUGGUGAAGAUCUCCAUGGAUGUGUUUGUGAGGAAGUACCAGCCAGAUCGUUACAAGCUUUGGAAAGCUGGGAAAGACGUGACUGUCAUUGACCAUGCUCUUCCAACCCCAGAGGCAGCAGAGUUCCUCAAAGGGGAUCUCAUGCAAAAAGUCAAGAGUGGGAAACAGUGUGCUGAGGAGAUGGAAACAGAAGAGACAUGUAAAGAGGAGGUGGAUGGGGAUGAGACAAAAAGCAUCCCCAAGCACCGCAUAGGAACAAAAAGGCACAGGGUCUGCCUGGAAGUGCCUCAGGAGGUGAGUGAGAGUGAGGCCUUCCCCAAGGAGGAGCUGAGCUCCACACAGUAUGAAGCAGACAUGGCAGAGCCUCGUGAGAGGCCUACGAGUGAAUUCGUGCAGCAAGGUGAACAAAGGAUCAAACUUCCAGAUCGUGUGGACUCAGCCAAAUUUGAAGAAUUGAAAGCGGUGAAGCUUGAGGAAGAAGAGCAAGAAGCAGCUGCACUGGAUCUCUCCAUUUCACAUGCUUCAAAUUCCACUUCAGUGUUGCCAGCUUCAAAGCAGAGUGCUACAUCCAGUGCUCAGUCCAGCUCACCUUGCUAUUCUUCAGACUCUGAAUCGUCGGAUCUGUUGGCAAAGCGAACUCUCCCUGGGCCAGCCGGGGUGUUCACGGUGCACAGCUACGCCAAGGGCGAUGCCAGCGGCUCCGACAGUGAGCAGACCCCAGGGAAGAAAGCCAGUGCCAGCUCCAGUGUCAGUGAGCAAGAACUGACAGAGGUGGGAAAGGAGUACAUAAGCUCCGUGAAGGAGAGUAAGAAGUCCAAGGGCCGUCGCCAGCCGUUGAGCAAACUGCCCCGUCAUCACCCGCUCCUGGUGAAAGACUGCAUCAGUGAUGAUGAGGCAUCAGAGCAGCUAACUCCUGAAGAAGAGGCUGAGGAGACAGAAGCAUGGGCCAAGCCACUGAGCCAGCUGUGGCAGAAUCGGCCACCAAACUUUGAGGCUGAAAAAGAAUACAAUCGCACCAUGGCCCAGCAGCCCCCAUACUGUGCUGUUUGUAUGCUCUUCCAGGCGUAUCAGGCGGAAUGUGAGGGCAGCAGUCAAAACUCCGGAGUGACUCCAGCGGCUGCAGAUGGGAAGAUCCGAACUAAACCCCUGAUUCCUGAAAUGUGCUUUACUGCAACUGGCUGCAGCACUGACCUCAAUCUCUCCACUCCCUACCUGGAGGAAGAUGGAACCAGUGUACUCAUCACCUGCAAGAACUGCCAUGUCUGUGUUCAUGCGAGUUGUUAUGGUGUAUCCCCUGACAAGGCCACUGAAGACUGGAUGUGCUCCCGGUGUACAGAAAAUGCAUUAGAAGAGGACUGCUGUUUGUGUUCCUUACGAGGAGGAGCGUUGCAGAGAGCCAAUGAUGACAAAUGGGUUCAUGUGAUGUGUGCUGUGGCUGUACUGGAGGCAAAAUUUGUGAACAUCGCAGAGCGGAGUCCUGUAGAUGUUGGCAAAAUCCCCCUGCAGCGUUUCAGACUGAAAUGCAUCUUCUGCAAGAAAAGGAGAAAGAGAAUUGCAGGUUGCUGUGUACAGUGUUCACAUGGCCGAUGUCCCACAUCCUUUCAUGUCAGCUGUGCCCAAGCAGCAGGAGUCAUGAUGCAGCCUGAUGACUGGCCAUUUGUUGUCUUCAUUACCUGCUUCAGGCAUAAGACUCCAUCUCAGGCUGAGCGAGCAAAGGCUGCACUCCAGGAUCUGUCCCCUGGACAGAUAGUCAUCAGUAAGCACAAGAAUGGUCGCUUCUAUCAAUGUGAAGUGGUCAGCCUUGCAAAGGAGACUUUCUACGAGGUCAACUUUGAUGAUGGCUCCUUCAGCGAUAACCUGUACCCAGAGGACAUUGUGAGUCGAGAUUGUCUUCAGUUAGGUCCCCCUGCUGAAGGGGAAGUCGUGCAGGUGAGAUGGACAGAUGGACAAGUUUAUGGAGCGAAGUUUGUUGCAUCACACGCAAUCCAGAUGUACCAGGUGGAAUUUGAAGAUGGGUCACAGCUGAUGGUGAAAAGGGAUGAUGUAUACACUCUUGAAGAGGAGCUUCCUAAGAGAGUGAAGUCAAGGCUGUCAAUCGCUUCAGAUAUGCGCUUCACAGAGAUCUUCGAGGAGAAGGAGGUCAGUCAAGAGAGGAAGAGACAAAGAGUGAUCAAUUCACGCUACCGUGAAGAUUAUAUUGAACCUGCCUUGUACCGGGCCAUCAUGGAGUAAACACUGCCUGUGGCAGAGGAAGAAGAUGCCCACCUCCCCCAAGGAUUUAAACGUUCCAGUACAACAGGCCAUAUUUGGAUGCUUUGAAUCCAGGGUUUCUUCUGGGGUUUUGUUCUUUUAUAUUUUAAGGAAGCUAAAAGGCUGAUGCUCUGCAGUAGCUGUAAGGCAGCUGUUGUAUAGUGAAAGAGAUCCCAUUUGCCGAAGCUGAUGCCUGCAGACUGCUGGUCUGAAGUUGGGUCCUUACCAAAUAAGCCAGCUUGGGGAUGUUGCUUUCAUUUUUUUGAACAGUCUUGCUUUUUAUUUAGAGACAAUUUUGACAGGUGGCAAACUCUUUGGGGAGUUGUUGCCAGGAAUCCUGGCAGCUGCAGAAUAGUAUGGUCUAUUGUUUUAACUGAAUAAUGUUCCUGAAUUUAGGAGUCUCCCUGGUGACCACACCUGGGCUUGAGCAGGCAGUAUUACUGGUGCUGGAAAUGGAACCUCUUUUAUAUUUAUAUCCAUUUUUUUUUGUUGCAAGCAGCUUCAGUCUCUUGUUUCUCAGCACCUCCUUUCUGAGGUUGAGCUGUAGGCUGUUCAGAUCUGAACAGACUGGAGGUGCUUGUGUGAACAGGUGAAAUGUGAAAUUGAAUCCUGUAGGACAAAUUAUUUAACCUUCCAUUUAAUAUUUUUGUUCUGAUAGUGCUUUUGACUUACUUAAUCAUGAGUUUAAUUGUUAAUAGUAUGUGCCUCAGAACCAGUGAAAUCUCUGGAGCCUUGUGAAGUGCAGCCUUCUAACAAGAAUAGGUGUUCAGCUCCCAAUAGACAUUCAGCUCCCAAAGAGUUUGUUUUGAGUUUCUCUAAGGCAAUAUGACUAAAGGGACAGUCCUAACUCUCCCUUCUUGAAAUUCAAGCAUCACAGUGUUGGGGAUGACAGGGCAGCGGAAUCUGAAGCAGUGCUGCUCUGGGACAGCACUAUCUGUUGUGUGUCCAUGGGCUUUUGCUUGCAGCAACUAAUACUGGGUCUGAGACAGAUGAAGUAUGCACUGAGCUGUGUGUUCUAACUGAAAGGCUGUGCAAUGCUCUUCUGGAGCAGGAGUGCUGCCGUGUUGCUGUCUGGCAAAGGUUGCUGUAGCAUUUUUAUAGAGUGUUAGGACACAUCUCAGUUGUGGUGGAGAGAAUUUGCUACCCCAGCCAUAGGAAGAUGAGUUGAGCUGGGUAGUAGGUAUACCUGGAAGAUGUGCCAACUUGCUCCUAAUAAUUAAAGCAUUAACACACCACAGUAGGAGCAGUGUAAAUACAUGUUCCUUUCCCAUUCUGUAGGAAAGGAAUUUUAGGCUGUGGAGCAGAUUGGCCACCUUCUUUUUGCAUGGAAUGAGGUGGAUUUUCCUACUGGAGAAAAUCAUGAUUGUCUGUUCUCCAGAAACUGUUCAAGAGGAGAAUUUUCUAAUGAAACAGACCUAAUGCAUCCCUGCUUCUAUAGGGACAUGGCAAUGUGUCUGCAAAGUCUGGAUUUGUAACUUUUUUCCUUUUGUUACAUAGGAACGCUACAAACCAAACCCUUCUGAAACCCCGGUGCAUCAAUUUGUGAUUAGCAAUAAAAUGUAGUAUUGAGUAGUGAUACAACUCUUGAUCAGAAAAGAAAUAAACUGCAACUUUUAUACA